AUGGACAUUCUCUCUUUUGCCUGCCCCCCUUUCCCUCCUUCAUCUCAGGACAGGCUCAUUAAACACCGGGGACGGACCAGCAGGAGUAGCAGCUCUGCCACCAUCAGCGUGCACCAGGACAACCCCUCCCGCAGCCUCCUGGGACAGCUCCUGCAAGAGACUCUCAUCUACAGCAUCAGCAGUGGCCAGUCCAGCUCUCCCCAACACAGAAGAAUACUCCCUUGUCUCUGCUUCUCACCAGAAGCUUUGAAUCUUAUAAACCUGCAGGCAAGAAGCAUCUCCAUGUUUUCUCUCCAUGGUUUGAGCGGGGAGGAGAAGCUCUGCACACCCCCUAAGGCAGGCCCAGCCCACGGCUCCAGGGGCUGUCACGGAUUUCCAGGGACUUUCCGAGGAGGGAGCCUGGAGCCUGUCUUGCUGCAUGGAGAGGGGCAGCGCCCGGGGUCCGACGCGCUGCUCUCCUGGAUCCUGACGCUGGGCAGCUGGAGGAGCCAGUGGCAGGCGGCCUGGGUGACCGCCCUGAACGAGGAGGCCGAGAGGAAAGGGGGCCCGCCUUUCCUGUCCUUUGAGGAGGACCCGCGGCAGCAGUCCCUGGAGCUGGCAGUGCAGGAGGUCUCCAGUGUGCUCAGGUCGGCCGAGGAGAAGGUGGUGGUCUGUCAGGUGGUGGGCCAGGCUAUUCAGUUCUUGGUCAGCGAGAAGCCUGCCUCAGGUGCUGGAUGCCGGCUGUACAACGUGCGGCUCUCCCCGUUCCAUUUACAGCUGGAGUUCCACAUGAAAGAGAAGAGAGAGGACCUCCAGAUUAGCUGGUCCUUCAUCAGUGCGCCGGAAAUGGCCGUUAAUAUCCAGCCCAAAGCACUGGGGGAGGACCCGGUGGCUGAGACAAGUGUGAUGUCUGACACUCUCAAGGACAUCUUGAAGCAUUUGGUUGGUUCUGCCUCUCCAUCAGUGGUUCUGAUCAUCAAGCCCACGAAUGUAAAGGAAGCUCAGAACUUACAGUGUGCCCCCUCUACUGCUCAGGAAUCCUGUCCUCCGAAACCUCCAAGGGCUCACGAGCUAAAGCUACUGGUGAGGAACAUCGGCGCCUUGCUGUUCAGCGAGCCUGGUGCCUCAGAUACCCCGGCUAGUAUCAGGUACCGCACCUGUCUGGUUGAGUUGAAUGCCAAGUCGAAGGAGUUACACCUACAGAUUUCAGAGGCUGGGCGACCCUCAGAAGGUCUGCUGGCGACGGCGACAGUUCCUUUGGAUUUGUUUAAGAAGCAGCCUUCUGGGCCACAGAGCUUCAUGCUGACCAGCGGGUCUGCCUGCGGCAGCUCGGUGCUGGGCUCGGUCACGGCUGAGUUCUCUUACAUAGAACCUGGGGAAUUGAAAUCCUGGCCCAUCCCUCCCCCUGUUCCUGCCGCAAAAAUCGAAAAGGACCGCAUGGUGAUGCCCUGUGGGACUGUGGUCACUACUGUCACUGCCGUGAAGACCAAGCCUCGUGUCGAUGUGGGGAGGGCGUCCCCGCUGAGCUCCGAGUCUCCGGUGAAGACUCCCAUCAAGGUGAAGGUGAUCGAGAAGGACAUCUCUGUCCAGGCCAUCUCCUGCCGCAGCGCCCCUGUCAGCAAAACGCUCUCUUCUUCAGAUACAGAAUUGUUGGUGUUGAAUGGUUCGGAUCCAGUGGCUGAAGUUGCCAUUCGACAACUCAGUGAAUCUUCAAAGCUGAAACUCAAGUCGCCACGGAAGAAAAGCACUAUUAUCAUAUCAGGGAUCUCCAAGACCUCACUAUCUCAGGACCACGAUGCUGCCCUGAUGCAGGGCUACAUGGCCUCUGUGGACAGCACCCACCAGGAGGAUGCCCCAUCCCAUCCGGAGGUGGCCGCAGCCUCUGCGCUACCGGAGGAAGCUGAGUCAGCCCAGGCAUCCCUUGCCCCCAAGCCCCAGGAGGAUGAGCUAGACUCCUGGGACUUGGAGAAGGAGCCCCAGGCUGUGGCAUGGAGCAGCCAGGCCCUGCUGGACCCCGACGGUGAUGAGCUGUCAGAGAGCUCCGUGAGUGUCUCGGAGCCGGGCGCUGCCAAAAAGCAUAAAGGAGGAAUUCUAAGGAAAGGGGCAAAGCUGUUCUUCCGCCGGCGGCAUCAACAGAAAGACCCGGGCAUGAGUCAGUCACACAAUGACCUUGUGUUCCUGGAGCAGCCAGAGGGUUCCCGGAGGAAAGGCGUCACCCUCACCAGGAUCCUGAACAAGAAGCUGCUCUCCAGGCACAGAAGCAAGAACACCAUGAACGGUGCCCCCGUGGAGCCCUGCACAUAGGGCCUGAGGUCAUCACCUCCAAGCCAGAAGACGUGCACCCGCGUUAACUACCCUCACCAGGACGCAGCCAGUGUGCCCGCCGGAUGUCCAGAUGCCCCGCUUGUCUUGCUGGGUUUCUUCCAACCAUCUAGUCUUUUAAAGGGAAAACAAAAUCUGAGUCUCCAGCCAGGAGGUUUCCCCCAGAGAGGAUAAAAAGCCCAACUCGCCACCAGAUGCCAAAUGAGACUUGACAGCCGCAGAGCUUGGGCUGUGCUCAAAGCUAAGAGUUAGGGUUCAAUAUUAGAAGGAGAUUAACAUUAUAAGUGAAAUAAUGUACUCUAAUGGAUUGUGGAGGGCAGGUGUGAGGGACUCAGUUUACCUAUUCUACACUAACAAGUGUUUUUGGUCCAUGCCUGGACCAUGUCACAAAAAGGAGGUGCCCCCCUGUGCUGUCACUGUGAAUGGAAAGGGUGGGUCACCUCUCCUCAUCUGCUGCUUGGAAUAAAAAAUGCAGCUGGCCCUGAGUACAGGGAAGUGGAACAUAGACAGGAUGUGGAUAAAUAAAUUUUGGUAGGAAUGGAGACGCUAUGACAGAUGUAGGAAGUCAUCUACCUUUGAUAUUAGCCAUAGAACUUGAACACUAACUGUAUCCUAUGCAUAGUAUGCAGAACACUUUUCUAAGUUUACUUUGAGCCUACUUGCAAGUGGAAGAUACACAUAUUCUCACAUGGUUUUUACAUUUUUCUCUAUCGUGUUAAAAGCUCUAAUAAUACUAGUGGAGAAGUUGACAGCCAAGUUUUUUUUUUCUCCCGCCUGUCAUACUUGCUAAACAAGAGCACAGCAGGCAUGUCGGAUGAAGUCAGGAGCCAUACGUGACCGCUCGUACAACACGGUUACCAAACACAUACAUGGAUUUUGCCAAAUGCUGCCAGUAGCCAAAACAAAGUCCUUUUAGGGCAGUGGAGGAAAUUAUUUUGUGUCUCAGGUGUCAGUCUUAGGAAUGGAAGUUUAAUAACAAAUGGGCCAAACUUGCAGGAAAUUCUCCCUAUGAGCACUUCAGAAUUUUGCUGUGAACAGUCCUCUUGGACACAGGUUGGGGUGCCCUUGUUUGGGUUUGUUUUGGUGGAAAACGUGAUCACCUGGCACACCAUUUGAAUAUCCCUAAGUAUCAUUCCAGUCGCUUUCCUCAUCAGUUGCCUUUCUGUUUCAGUUCAUUCACAGAUUUCACUUUGGUCUGCCCUGAAUGUGCCACUUCCAGUAGACAUGCUGGUUAAAGAACAGUCAUCAUUGGGGUGAAGUGUUUUUGACAGUUUAAUAUGAUUCACUUUUCUCCAAAGAGAUGUAAAAGGCCGUUGUGAAAGCUUGACUUCUGUCAUGGAGAUGGAAAUGGGCGAGAUUCCUUCCGUAGGUUCUUUUGUUAAUCCUUAAACAUGAAAUAUUUUGGGGGUAAUAGAGCCACUGGUGAGUAAAAACCUAUAUAAAAACCAAAAUUUUAGGAUUUUUUUCUUUUUUAGUGGAAACCUGUAUAAAAACCAAAAUUAUGGGAUUUUUUUCUUCUUUUUUAG